AUGGAGCGAACGAAGUACCUUACAAAGUCAACGACGCAAUUGAUUAAUAGCGGUGAAAAAGAAGAAUUUCUUCUUUUAUUUGCAAAAGAUAUAAAAAGCGGAGAUGUUAAGAGUGCCAAUAUUAGGCUUGAUACUUUAGAAAGAAAAGAAAGUCUUGAAUGGCUGAAAGAGUAUUCAUCCUAUAAUAGUAAAAGCGAAACUCUACUCCAUUUAGCAGUCAAGAAGCUUGAUGAUGAAUCUUUCAUAAGAAAGCUCGCAGAACUAUGUUCUCAGUUACUUACUUCACAAGUCAAAGAUCAAGAGAAAUUUUGUGGACAGACAGUCCUUCAUAUAUCCAUUACCAAGGGAAACGCUGUACUGACCAAAACACUGCUGGAUGUUGUCCAUCAGAAAGAAAACGACAGAAUGUCAGAAUUAUUACAGUUAACGGCGACAGGAGGUCGGUUUGUGAACACUGUGAUGAUGGGACAACUUCCUCUAUCAGUGGCUGCACUUACGGGUAAUGCCGAGAUCGUUGACAUUCUCUUAGAUUAUGGAGCUAAUUUGCAUGCUCAAAAUGGGGAGGGUGAUACCGUAUUCCAUUCUAUAGUUAAAUAUGCGGCAAUAUACCCAGAAAAAGUAAUGGCUAUCAUUCAAAUGUUUCGAUAUCUUACCGGAAAACUGGAAAGCAAAUAUCAAAUCGACACAACCAUAGAUAUCAACUCUGAAGAUGAUAAAUGUCGACACAUACAUUCGUUUGUUUUGUUCAUGAAAAAUAGAGAGAACAUGACUCCACUUCAACUUGCCGCCAAACACGGAGUUUUUGAGCUUUUUGAAGAGAUAAUUAACAUGAGAAAUGUUUACUGCUUUAUCAGAGAAAACGAUGGGUUGUAUGACGUUAAAGAGUACGACAUAACAGAAAUAGACAAUGUUAGCAUUAUUCGCACCUCAGAUCACAGACGUGAACAACGAGUUGCUUCCAAACCAGAAAACACAACUCCACAGUUUGAAGGAGAACCUACAAAAAGACUUCACAUAAAUGAAACGCCAUGUGGGCCUUGCUGUUUCAAUCCCGAUUCUGUAUCGGUAUUAGAGAUGCUAUUCAGAUAUGACUACGACAGAAAAGAUGCCUAUCGUAUUAUUGAGUUAACUCCUGUAAAAAAUAUCAUAAAAAUGAAAUGGGACAUUUAUAAAUGGGUUUUCCUGUUGUUGAUGAUACUUCAUUAUCUUUUUAUAAUAUUUCUCACUAUAUAUAGCGUAUACAACGUUGAAUUAGGCAUUCAAACAGUGAAUGGAAAUAAUGCCUCAUUAUUUUCUGAAAUUUUUGUAUACGGGUUUCGAUGGGUAUCAUUUUGUUGUGGCUCUUUAUAUGGUUUCAUUGGGUUUCGUUUAUUAAGUGCUAAGUUCCGAAAGAAAAAUAUCAUUUUUUACUUUACGCAUAAUUUAGAAUAUAUUACUCCAAUGCUAAUUUUAUCUGUUACAAUGAUCCUCGAUGUAGUGUGGUCUUUAAUAGAAGAACACGACAAUAUUCCACUUAUUGUUGCUUUGAUUUGCGGCUGGUGGUUGAAUAUAUUCUUUCUUUCACCAAUAAAACAUUUCAGCUUCUUCACAGAACUAAUUAAGCAGGUGAUCAUCGGGGAUCUUAUCCGAUUUGGACUAGUUAUUCUAUUUGGAUUGUUUUCUUUCUCCGCUGGGAUGUACAUCGUUUUUCGAGGAACAGGCGAAGAUGAUUUCUCGUCAUACAGAAGUACGAUGAUGGCAAUGUUUAAGCUUGGAAUUGGGAUCAGCGAUAUAAGCGUACUAUAUUCUGCCCGAAUUCCGUGGGUAGCGGUUACAAUCUUCAUUGUCUUUACAGUUUUUACAUAUCUUCUCAUGCUUAAUGCCUUGAUUGCGAUGAUGUCACAGACAUGUUCCCUUGUGCUAGAAGAACGGUUUCCUCAGUGGCGAACACAACAACUGUCUAUUGUUCUCUUAAUAGAGGAUAUAUUCUGUUAUUGCUGUUUUGAGUAUAUAUUGUCAUGUGUAGGGACACCAAUAACUUCAAAAGGUUAUGAUCCAAUGACAAGGACGAAGAAAAAAGAAAAGCGAUAUGUCUUAGAAAUACAUUCCUUGCAAAUGGAAUAUGCGACACAAGAGGACAAAACAUCUAUAAACAAAAAAUCUGCCAAAAGGCAAACACUAUGCCUACAAUCAAUAGUCGAGGAAAACCUAUUAAGGAGUCAAACUUUUACAAAUCCUCUUUCCUCUAAUAUUUUCCCAGCUCGACAAAGUUCGAUUUAUACGACGGGCGUUCAAGCCUCUGGGUCUUUUCAACCGUACAGUCAUCGUAAGUCAAAAGAGGGAAAAAAAAGAAAGCGUCUAGAAAAUUUAGAUGAAAUGAACACUAACUAAGAAAAUGAAGAGUCAAAAAAGUUUAGACCAGUAUCACCAAGAGUACGUUCAUCUAAGAAACCGACUUUAGUAUCGCAGAUGGGAAAAUCCUUUUCCGAGAAUGGCAUGGAAACUCGAAACCAACAUUCGCCUGUUGUGGAUAUUGAGCCAUUGACCUGUCAUCUUAAUCUAGCUAAA